GUUCUACCUGAUAAUAGGCUGCACAAAAUUUCUUCACGGGUGGUACAAGUGUCAUCAGUGAACAUUUGUAGUUAUUUUACUUUGUUUGUAUAGGCAAUAGUCGUAAUACUUUGUGGAAUUGAUAACCUUUGCCAUCGACGAGACGUUCACGAGGCUACCGCAAAAUAUUUGAAUCAAUAAUUUGGUGAUAAUUCGUGUUUUCAUAAGCAAAAUCGACCAUUCUAAUAGUGGACGUGAAGCGUACCGGACGAACAGACGCGUUGACACCGGCUAUUCAACUCGACGAGCAUAACAUAAGGAGACAGAAGAAUGGCUUCAAUUACAAGACUUGCACGUUUCGGUCUACAACUCAGCAAUGUGGCUGCAAAAACGUUGCGUGCUACACCCACAACGCAGUGCCAACAAUGGCGUGCAUUCAACAUAAGCAGUUGUUUGUUGGCAGACCGUCGCUACACUAAAAAACAUGAAUGGGUAUCUGUAGAGGGCACCUCGGCCACGGUGGGUAUUUCUCAGUACGCACAAGAUGCGCUUGGUGAUAUAGUUUAUGCUCAACUACCAGACCCCGGCACAGCACUUCAACAAAGUGAUGAAUGCGGCGCUUUGGAGAGUGUGAAAGCAGCUAGUGAAUUGUACUCACCGGUUAGCGGCAAAGUUACCGAAAAGAAUGAUGAAGUUGAAGAGACACCCGCUUUAGUUAAUAGCAGUUGCUACGAAAAAGGCUGGUUAUUUAAACUUACUCUGACAAACCCUGCGGAAAUUGAAAAGCUAAUGAGUGAGGAGCAAUAUCAGGAGUACCUUAAAGCAGCGGAACAUUAGUUUUUUCGUAAAUUUUUCUAAAAAUCCCCUUACCACGUUUAUUGCGAAAAAAUGCCUUAGCAAAAAUAACAAAACUUAUACCGACCUUGAAGUUAUUGUGUUGGGUUUCACUCAGCUUUAGGCUGAAAUUAUUUAAUAUAUAUAUGUAAUUUAUAGUAAUUUCGUUUUGUAAUAUAGUUUUAGCUCUAAUUUGUCGGUUCAGUUGCUAGACACUUAAAACACAUUUAUUUUUUUACUACAAGCACGCAUUUAUGUUGUUUAUGAAGCGUUCAGUUAAUAAAAUGUAAGUAAAACAUUGAUAA